CUUCCGUUGUUUAUACACAGCAUCUACACAAGUCAUUUCUCACAGAAAAAAUACAUGCUAACAGUUUCCUGACAAGUGUGUUGAAAAGCCUACAGCAAAGCCUUUUAUUUAUAUUUGCAAUGGCGGAGCUGAAGUCUCUGUAAGGAACGAUGUUUAUUGGUCUUUUCUUCUGUAAAUGCUAGUAAGGAGUGUGUUUCAGUUACACUGGACUGCUGCACGUUUGUCAUUGGGACUCCCUAAGGAUAAACCAGCCUUCCUGCAGAGCCUCACUACAGGACCCAGUUGUCUAUUUAAAAGAUUCAGGACAAUGAACAACGAUAAAGAAGACACAGACACUACUGCUGCAGAUGUACCAAUGGAGGACACAAAUCUAUCUAGCGCCUCAGAAACCAGCCAGAACUCAUUGACAGAACCGGGGCUUUUGCCAGGGGAGACAGUUGUGAGGGAGGGCAAGGCAGCAAUUAUAUUCCCGAGUGCCAAUGAGGUGUUCUACAACCCUGUGCAGGAGUUCAACAGAGAUCUAACGUGUGCGGUGAUCACGGAGUUUGCCAGGGAACAGCUGGCACAGCGGGGCUUUCGGAUCCUGGUGCCGGACGAGAAAGACAGAGUGGUAGUCGAGCUGUCAGAAGAGAAGAAUGGAACAAAGGAUCAGGAAGCUACAGAACAACCUGAGAAUGAGCAACAGAAGGAAGAAGAUAGCAGUGAAAAACAGUUCAUCACUGCCUCUGUGGGGGAGAAAUGCGAGCAAGGAUUGCGUGUUCUGGAGGGUCUGGCUGCAUCCGGGCUCCGUUCUGUUCGCUUUGCUCUGGAGGUUCCGGGACUAAAGAGCAUCACUGCUAAUGAUUACUCUGCUAAAGCUGCUGCCCUCAUCGCCCGCAAUGCACAGCACAACAACGUUUCCCACAUAUUGCAGGCCAGUCAGAAAGAUGCCAGUAUGGUGAUGUAUGAGGCAAGAGGAAAGAAGGACCGCUAUGAUGUCAUAGACCUGGACCCCUAUGGCAGCCCCUCUCCGUUUAUAGAUGCAGCUGUGCAGGCAGUCAGUGAGGGUGGGUUGCUUUGCAUCACGUGUACUGACAUGGCCGUAAUGGCUGGAAACAGUGGAGAGACCUGCUACAGCAAAUACGGCUCUGUGUCCAUCAAGUCUAAAUACUGUCAUGAGAUGGCCCUGCGUAUAAUCCUUCACAGUUUAGAUCAGAGAGCAGCCGUGUAUCAGCGCUACAUUGAACCACUUCUGAGUGUGAGUGUGGAUUUCUACAUCCGCGUAUUCGUCAGAGUCAAAACGGGUCAGGCCAAGGUCAAGUAUUCUGCAAGUAAGCAGGCAUUGGUGUAUAACUGUGUUGGUUGUGGGUCAUUUCAUCUGCAAAGGAUGGGAAAGAGAAUGAGCCAAGGAAAACAUAUGAAGUAUUCAGCAGCCACCGGACCCCCCAUAGGGCCCAACUGCGAACACUGUGGACAGAGAUUCCAGUUGGGUGGUCCAUUGUGGGCGGAGCCUCUACAUGACCAUUCAUUUGUUCAGAAAGUUCUGGAUGCUGUCUCAGGGAAUCCCAGCCGUUUUGGAACAUCAAAGCGUAUUGAGGGGAUACUGAGCAUGGUGACUGAGGAGCUGCAGGACGUUCCUCUAUACUAUGUUUUAGAUCAUUUGAGCAGCACAGUUCACUGCAACACGCCACCAAUGCUGCCAUUCAGGUCAGCUCUCCUGCAUGCUGGAUACAGAGUGUCUUUCUCUCAUGCCUGCAAGAAUGCAGUGAAGACGGACGCACCUGCUGGGGUAUUGUGGGAUACCAUUCGCUGCUGGGAAAAAUCCAACCCUGUAAAGCGAGAGAGGCUGUCGGAGACCAGCCCGGCCCACCGUAUUCUCUCCACAGAGCCAACUCUCCAGGCCUGUUUUGAGAUCAGAGAGGAUGCGAACCCCCAAUCAAGGAAACGUCACCUCACACGUUUCCAGGAGAACCCACAGGCCAACUGGGGACCCAAAGCACGUGCCAAAGCUGGUGGAGGAAUCUCAUCAGUGUUGGAAGACAAAAGAAAACAGUUUCAAGGUAAAAGGAAACAUAUUACAGAUUCUUCUCAACUCAAGGAUUUCCCUUGCAAGAAGUUUCGUAAGGGAACAUGUACGUAUGGAGAGAAAUGCUGCUAUUCACAUGAACUGGAAGGAGCCAGUGAGCAGAAGAUGGACUAAUUGCUUUUCUCACUAAUGGAUGUAAAUCAGACAAUUGUAAAAGCUUGUGUCAUGACUCGGCAAGAGUGGCUUGAGACAGUUAUUUAAUACCAAGAGAAUUUUCAUUUCUGUUAAUUGAAUGCCAGCACUUCUGUACACAAGGAUUGAACAGAUCUGCGGCUAAGUUUUAUUUUACUUUUACUAAAUACGCUUCUGACAUCGU